CAUUUGCGCUUCUGAAAGAGGACAAAUAAUCUCUGGCAGCAGCUAUCUAACCAGUGUCCUGAGUGUCGAAGCUGAGAGAGAAGAUAGAGGAGAUAAGAGGCUGGAGAUUGUUAAAAAUCUGCACUCAAGUUGGUGCCUGAUCCUUGGCACAACAAUCCCUCAGUGUCUAGAGGGAGACGGUUAAAUCAUGAAACUAAUUGCCAUCCUUUUCCUCUGCUCCAGGCUGCUCCCAAGCUUAACCCGGGAACCAGACUACCAGGAAAUUGACUGCAACGACAAGGAUGUAUUCCAGGCUGUUGAUGCCGCUCUGAAGAAGUACAACAGUAAGAACCAAACUGGCAACCAGUUCGUAUUGGUCCGCACAACUGAGGUCAACCAGACAGUUCACGGUGAUGUAUUUUAUUCCAUCAAGUAUGAAGUCAAGGAGGGUGACUGCCCUGUUCAAAGUGACAAAACCUGGCAGGAUUGUGAGUACAAGGACGCUGAGGAAGCCGCCACCGGAGAAUGCACAGCAAUUGUGGGGAAGAGACAAAAUGACAGAUUCACUGUGGCUUCCCAGAGCUGCCACAUUAUUCCAGCGGGAGGCCCCGUUGUGACCACCGAGUACGCCUGCCUGGGCUGCCCGCACCCCAUUUCAACGGAGAGCCCCGAGCUGACGCCCAUUCUGACGCACGGCAUCCAACACUUCAACAACAACACCAAGCACGCCUACCUCUUUACUCUGGGAGAAGUGAGAAGAGCCCAAAGACAGGUGGUGAGCGGAUGGAACUAUGAAAUUGCCUACUCAAUUGUACAAACUAAUUGCUCCAAGGAGAAAUUUCUACUCUUAAGUCCGGAGUGCAAGUUCCUUCUGGAUGGUGAUGCUGGUGAAUGUGUAGAUAACGUGUACGUGGAUCAUCAGGAAAGAAUCGAUUCCUUCUCGCAAAACUGUAAAGUUUACCAAGGGCUGGAUUUUGUGGUGCCAACUUCCAAGUUUUGCGCUGGCUGCCCCCUCCCCAUACCUGCGGACGACGAGGAGCUGCAGGAGGCGCUGACUCAUUCCAUAAGGAAGCUGAAUGCAGAGAACAAUGAAACUUUCUAUUUCAAGGUUGACACCGUGAAGAGAGCCACAGCACAGAUAGUGUCUGGGAAGAAAUUUUCUAUUGAGUUCAUAGCCAGCGAAACCACGUGUUCCAAAGAAAGCAAUCAAGAAUUAACUGAAAGCUGUGAGACCAAAAAACCUGGUCAACGUCUAACCUGCAAUGCUGCUGUUCUUGUGAUACCCUGGGAGGAAAAAAUCCAAACUACGGUCAACUGUCAAACACUGGGAAAGAUGACACUGAUGAAAAGGCCUCCAGGUUUUUCACCUUUCCGAACAGUGCAAAUACAGAGAACAGAAGAAACCACUGUAAGUCCACCUUACACUUCCAUGGCUCCUGUACAAGAUGAAGAGCAGGAUCCAGAAAAAGAACAAGAACCUACUCCUGGGCAUGGCCAGGGCCAUGAAAAGCAAACAAAACAUGGGCUUGGCCAUAGUCAUAAAUAUAAGCAUGGCCUUGGCCAUGGACAUCAAAAACAACAUGGCCUUGGCCAUGGUCACCAGCAGCAACAUGGUCUUGGUCAUGGCUAUCAACCUGAACUUGACUAUGAUCCUGAACAUCAAAGAGGACAUGGCCUUGACCAUGGACAUAAAAAUAGGCAUAAGCAUGGUCAUGGCCAUGGAAAACAUAAAAAAGACAAAAGCAAUGGAAAGCACAAUGGUCGGAGAACAGAGCAUUUGGCAAGCUCUUCUGAAGAUAGCACUACACCUUCUACACAGACAGAAGAGAAGACAGAAGGGCCAACACCCACCCCUUUCCUAGCCCAGCCAGGUGUAGCAGUUACCUUUUCUGGAUUUCAGGACUCAGGUCUCACUGAAGCUGUGAGGCCUACCACACCAUCAACUCCCUCCAAGGAUGAUGAUUGGAUCCCAGAUAUCCCGAUAGCACCAGAUAGCCUUUCCUUUAAACUGAUACCCGACCUUCCCGAAACAACCUCCCCCAAAUGUCCGGGACGUCCCUGGAAGCCAGUUGUUAGAAAUAAGUUAAUCAUGCAAAUGAUUGAAUUUCAUAAUUUUGAUCUCAUUGAUGCUCUUGAUUAACUCACAAAGCCAUGAUAUCUCCUUAACACUUCCUCACCUCUUUUCCCAUCGUCCAAACGCAAGUAUCCCGAUAGAAGACACCAAAACCCCCAUGAAGCUUCAGAACAGCUUAGAGAGAAGUGAUGAGAUUCCCAAUAGGGACAUCCCCAAUCCCUACGGACUUCACAAAACUGAGUGCAAGAGUGCUAAGUCCUUUCUCAGUUCUUCCUCACACAUUUUCUAAACUAGCAUAGAAAAUGGGCAGACUUAUGGCCUACUGCAGUUUGCUUCUCUGAUAAUGGAUGUGUACCUUAAAAUGUACGUUGUCAAUUUUCAUGCAAAGAUUCCCACCAUUCUGAAUAAACUGUGGCACCUGG